UUUUUUAUGUUUUGACAGUUGUCUAGUCAGCUGGCCACCAAUAUAAACAUUUUCAAAAUGAUUUUACAAAACGAAUUUAAUUUAUAAAAAAUGUGUGGUUUUUAAUUUAAACUAAUUAGUGUUUAAUUGUUGGGCCAAAAUGCCGACAGUGUUACUUUUAGACGUGUCUUUAUCUAUGACAAGGCCGGUCCAAAUUACCGAAAAUUUGGAGAAAACAAGAAAGCAUUUAGCAGUUUUGGGCAUUAAUGCGUUUCUGGAUCAUUUGAGUGUCCAUUCUAAGCUUGAAUUCAUUUCUUUGAUGGCAUUUUCUUCACUUUAUGAAGAAAAAUGUGCCUUUACCAGAGAUUACAGUCUAAUUAAAAACGAGCUUCUCAACACUGACGACUACGAUAAAACAUGCAUCGAAACGGCCCUUCAUGGCGUUAAUCAGAUGGUUUUAGGCGAAUGGGGAAAUAAUACAGCAUGUCAGAUAAUACUAAUUACUGAUGGAAGCACCGGUUUAGGUCCAAUGUCUUUGAAAGAGUCUUUCGCUACUUUGAACCAACGAACGGCAGCAAACCCAUUUCCUGUACCAUUUUCGUUCCCUGCCAAACUUCAUAUCGUUUGCAUAGCGCCUCCGAAUGAUCCCAACUUGGUAAAAUCAAAGUCUCUAUAUCAGAGAUUGGUCGAUUUGACUGGUUACGACGGUUCCAUUUCAAUCCCCGACGGUCCAUUAAAUGAGACCACAGUGGUCAACAUGUUUCAAAAAUUAGCCGAAGACAUGUACACCUCAUUUAAAGGCACCCUAAAAUGUGGCAACCUUGAGUCGAAAAUAAUUCUAUCCCCGGCACCUGUACCAUACACAAAAGUCACCGAUUUCGAUUACCAAACCUAUAAUUUAUCAGACCUCAUCGAGGUUUGCGGUUUUAUUUCUGUAAGCGAUGUGGGAUCCCCAAUGGCCGUAAGUCGCCAUUUAGUCCUCUCCGCCAGUGCCAACAAAGACCAUCUACCAUUAUCGGCCGAAAUUGACUUAACAGACGACGACGCUACAGACGAAGGCAAAGUGCCUUCAUUUUGCGUCCUUUUGCAUGGAGCACUUAAGGUUGAAAAUAUGGCAGCGCUGGUGACACUGGCCGAUAAUUGGUUCGGUUUUGUCUAUUCUUGGGCCGAUUCGAAGAAAAAAUCGAACUUGAUGUUGACGAUUCUGACGCCCGGAUCGGAUGUUGUUCCGUGGUUGGGCGACUUGAAUAAUUUGGGACCGAUAGACUCGCCCCAGGAACACAUGGGGGCCUUUCCGGUGCGUCCGCAGGAAAAAAGGAGUUACUCCCAAAAUGGGGUGGUGUGGAUUAGGCAAGCGGGGCUUCAGAGCGACAUACAGAAGAUUCUGAGGCAUGCCCGGAAGCUACCAGAAAAGACUCAGCAGUUUUAUAAGGAGUUGAAUCGACUUCGGAAGGCCGCGAUUUCGCUUGGCUUCUUGGACCUUUUGAACGGUUUGGCUUACAUUUUUGAACAGGAGUGCAUGCACCUUCCCGGAAGCGCCCAUCCUGACUGUGCUUUGCAACUCCAACAUGCUGCUGAUGUCUUAAGAAAAACACAAAACCACGAUAUUAAAUAUGUUGUUGUACCUUUACAAACUAAUUACAACAGUUCUUAAUUUUUUA